AUGACAGGGCUCAGAGUCCUCGGGCUGCUGCUGCCCAUCCUACUGGAUUGGGCCAGCGGCCACCCCAUCUCCGGGAGGAAGAGCUUCAACAAGCUGCUGCUGGUCUCGUUUGACGGCUUCCGCUGGAACUAUGACCAGGAUGUGGACACCCCCAACAUGGACCGCCUGGCCCGGGAGGGAGUGAAGGCCAAGUACCUCACCCCACCCUUCGUGACAAUGACCUCCCCAUCCCACUUCACCACAAUCUCAGGUCGCUGGAUUGAAGAUCAUGGAGUCAUACAUAACAUGAUGUUUAACACUGAGACAGGAUGGAAGUACUCCUUCAAGACCACACAGAACAAGACUGAGUGGUGGGACAAUGGCGUUCUCCCCCUCUGGAUCACAGCCCAGAGACAGGGGAGGAAGACGGCGUCAUUCCACUAUCCCGGGGGAGGUGCUAAAUACAAGGGUGAAGCCGUCCAGAGGUCCCUGGUGGAGUCUUACACUCACCCAGAUAGCAAUGAGACAGAAUGGAGGGAGAACAUUGAUAUUGUCAUGAACUGGUUCACUAAGGAAGACUUUGACUUUGUGACUCUGUACUAUGGAGAGCCAGAUAACGUGGGACAUCGAUUCGGGCCUGAGACAGAAAACAGAAGGGUAAUGAUUCAGCAAAUUGACAGAACCAUCGGGUACCUGGUGGAAGCCAUUGAGAGGCACAGCUUGACUGAGCACCUCAAUGUCAUCAUCACAUCAGACCACGGCAUGACUACAGUAAAAAAGAAGCCCAAUGUCACUGAGAUCCUCUUGACCAACUACAUCAAGUACAGAGACUUAGUCAAGUUUGAUAUUGUGGACUAUGGAGGCUUUGGGAUGAUCCUGCCCAAACCAGGGCAAGAGGAAGCCCUUUACCAAGCGCUGAAGAAUGCACAUCCACACCUCCAUGUCUAUAAGAAAGAGGAAUUUCCAAAACGCUUCCACUUUGCUAAGCAUGAGCGGGUCCUGCCAAUCCUGCUAUAUGCGGACUCUGGUUACAACAUCAAUGGGCGACUUAUAAUUUACUUCAACAAAGGAGACCAUGGCUUUGAUAAUGAUCUGGAAGACAUGAAGACCAUAUUCAGAGCUUUCGGGCCAAAUUUCAAGAAGAAUCACCUGGCUGAGCCUUUUGACAGCAUCCAUAUCUACCCACUCAUGUGUAAGCUCCUGGGGGUUACCCCUGAGCCCCACAAUGGCUCCCUGGCAGUCACCCAAGAAAUGCUUGUGGACCAGCGGCCAGGAGCGGAGAUGCAGAGGUCAUCUGUUCUCCAAAAUAUAGCAAUAGGUCUCGGGACUACCACAGGAGUUCUUGCAGUUCUGUUUGUCACUAGUGUGACAUACACAGCCAUUCGUCGGAAAAAGAAGUGA